AAUGUCAGAAAAUAAUAUUAAUUCAAAUCAUAAUAAUAUUACACAUCAGCAUCAUCAUAAUUAAAGAAGAUCACCUUCACCAUAUAAUCCAAGGAGAUUCGAUAAAUUAGCUAGAGAAGAAUGCUGGAAUAAUGUAUUUGCUCUUUUAUAUUGUUUAAAAGGCUUAAAUAAUGGAAGGAAGAAAUCCAGAUAGAUGGAGAUUAGAUGCAGUUGGUAAUCCAAUUUGUAAAGCCUUAAAUGGUUGCAGAGGGCCCUUGUGUUAUCAAUUUGAUCAUAUAGUACCAUAUUCUAAAGGAGGAGAAAGUAUUAGCAAAAAUUGUUAAUUAUUGUAAUCAUUUGUCAACAUAUACAAAUCAAAUAAAGAAAAUAUAUCAAAGGAUGAGUUGAAACAAGUAUCUCCUUAAUUAAAUUUCACUUCUGAAGUAUUUGAUGCUAUAGAGUAUGCUAUUUAUGGUUGAAA